ACCAGUAUACAAACAAAGAUGCAAGGAGAUAGUAAACUGGUUAUUCCAUUAGAAUCAAAUCCUUCGAUAUUCACUGAUUUGUCGUACAACCUCGGACUUUCUCCGUUAUUACAGUUCCAUGAUGUUUAUUCAUUAGUUGAUCAAGAUUUACUUGCAUUCUUGCCGCAACCAAUAUAUGGAAUUAUAUUGUUAUUCCCUUUGACUCGACAAUAUGAAGAGUACCAUAAGAAUGAAGAUUCCAAGCGAGACUUAGAGUUGAGUGAUAAAGUUACCUGGUUUAAACAGACCAUUGGCAAUGGAUGUGGACUAUACGCCCUUCUCCACAUACUUGCAAACUUGCCAUCUGAUUUAAUAAUUGAGAAUCUGAAAUUGGCCGAGUUUUUGAAACAGGUCCAGGGCAAAUCCAUACAGGACACCAGUAAGCUUGUAGAAGGGUUGGAAAGCUUUAUCAAACUUGAUGAGAAUUUCGGAUCAAAGGGUCAGACCGAAGCGCCUGAAGCUACAGCAAGCAUUGAUUUGCAUUUCAUUACUUACAUCAAGGGUAAAAAUGGUCAUUUAUAUGAAUUAGAUGGUAGACGUAAAGGUCCAAUUGAUUUGGGAACUACUACUGGAAAUAACAUAAUCCAGGAACAAGCUUUAGUAGAUAAGAUCCAAUUCUAUAUUGAUAAUGCUGAUGAAGCCAACAAACAUAAUUUCGCAAUUAUGGCUAUUGGUCCAACAAGUGAUUAAUCUACAAUCUAUAUAGUGAAUACUUAAAUCAUGUUGUCCGAUUUACUCUAUUAUUGUGAGAUUUGGCCUCUUCAGCUUUAGCCCCCCCUCCUAGACACUCAAGUACAAUUGGGCAAGACUCGAAUCAACUUAUGAAUAGUUGUGUAGUACUCAUACCAGGGUCUUGCCCUUGUGUACCAGAGUCAUACAAAAAGGUUAUUCCUCAAAUGCAAUAUGCAUAUGAUGCGCAUUGGGAAAUGCAUAGUGAUUCAUAAUUUCAUAGUUCAUACUUAAUAUCUUUGAAAAGCUACAGUUAGUAUUCGACAUCAGUCUGUUAAUGUCUAAAUUUGUCCCUUGAUAUCAACUUUCUUAAAAUUAGAUUUUUGCAUCAUUGCCACAACUAAAUGCUUACAUUUAUGACAUUCAAGUUGGCCAUUAUCAUCACUGGCAGUGACAUAAUCUUUCAAUCCAAUCAGCUCUAAAAACUCAAAACACUCGGUAUAGUUUGAGAAUCCUAAACAAUCAGUCAAUACCUUCACGGGGUAAUUCCUAAAUGAUUGAGUUAUGAUAGACAUAGACUUUACUCUGAAUUUCUGAUAUAAAUGUUUUUUCAACACUGCUAACGCUAAUUUGAUAUCUUGCUCUUGUUCAAAUUGAUUUAGUGAAUCAAAGAAUCGUAAGUAGUUUCCCGUGGUGAUGUAUACUUGACAUUGAAACAAUGUUUGUAUAAAUUUGAAUAAAGUCAUUUCCCGAUCUGUAGUUCGAAAAUCACUAAAUUGUUGCAAUAUGCCCAUUUUAAUUCGAAAUAUUUCACUGACAUUGAAUGUAAUCAUCAUAUAAACCACUUGAUACAUAAGGAAUUCCACUUCCAAACGGAAAAAUCUUUUAGUAAAUGCUGAAUUAUUCUUUCUAGUCAAGUGAUAAAGAUAUUUCAAUUGUGAUUGACAUUGAUUGAAUUGUCCUAAAUCAUCAUUUUCUAACGAGAUUUUUGCAUUUGUUUCAUAAACAACUAUGGUGAAAUCAUUCUUGAUAUUCUGAACCAUUAAGUCUUGUCUAAUAGAUCGGAAUUGAUCAAGGGCAUAUGAAUAAUUCUUUGUUUGUAAAUAUUUCUCCUGGACAAAUUUCAAACUCUUUUGUAAUACUUGUUGAUUACGAACUCUAUUGGGAUCGGGUUCCGAAGUUAAUCGAAGAUAACUUUUUUCUAAAUCAGUACAUCUACCAAUUACUGAACCAGCCUUAGAAAUAGGUGUAGAUACGCUGGGU